AUGACAAUCUCCGAUGAAGACGUCCACCAUUUCAUUGAAUAUCCUCUCGAAAAAAUUUCAUCACAUUUCCGCCGAAAUUGUGAUUUUGAAAAUUUCAAGAUCGACAGAGAAAAUCCUAACGAAGUCAUUGAUCUCAUACCCGUAUCUGAUCUUCUGCUUAACCUGCUAAGUUCUCUUGGAUUUUAUGCACAAAAAAGAUUGGUUCCGUCGACCAUCGAAAAAAACAUGUCUGGCCGGUUGCUUUCCAUCCAUAACCGAUUAGAAUCAAAAGCUAUUCACACCUCUUACUUCCUACCUCUUGUAACCUCGAUUCUUUUUAAUUCUGCCGAUAUCGAGAUAUGGGGUCAUCUGACUGAUCUCGUCGACAACCUUGAGCCUAUCACACCCUUACAGAUCGACGCAUCUUCAUCCCAUCAUCCCGACGCACAACAUAUAUACACAACGGCGCAACUAAAAGGUACUGAUGAAACUAUGGACAUACUCAAAGAUGCUUUGAGAAAGGAACUGACGGGAACUGUCUUUGAAGAUGUCACGGGGUUUUACGAGAAAUUCUUUGAGAAACCGCUUUGGGCGAGCAAAUGCCAGAAGAUUUCCGAGAGCUAUGCUAAUAGGAAAGACCAAGAAUCAUUCCAAUUUCCGGACGAUCGUACGGAGGCAAAUGUAUGGCAGUGGAUCAAAACGAUCAAGGGCGGCCCUUGUUUCCGACAAGUAGACUUUUUCAUCAAAAGUCGCAGCCUCCGUCGCGGUACUCCCCACAGCUGGCGGGAUAUACAAGUCUUGGGAGAGAUUACCAAGCUUCCCACUAGUGCGUGGAUGGAUAAGUUUCUCCAACUUGCUGUUUACAUGCGGGAGGUGUUUACGGCUCAGCCAUUGCGUAAGUUUGUGCAUGGAUUCCUUUUGUUGGACACCAAAUUGCAACUGUGGGUGUUUGAUCGGUCGGGCCCAUACUCCACAGGCUUCAUUGAUAUUGGUGAAAACCCUGAGGUGUUUGUAUACGUCAUAACGGCCUAUAUGAUGAUGAGCGACGAGGAGCUUGGGAUCGAUACAUCGGUGCGACAUGAAAGAGGGCAGACGAUUAUCACUGUCACGGAUGCUAACACCCAAGAGCCUCGCACUCUAAUUCUGGAAGCUGAGCCGUUCUUCGCACAGAGGGCGAUCGUCUCCCGUGGCACAGCUUGCUACCGCGCUCUGGAUGGGACGUACGUGGUCAAAAUUUCAUGGAGAGCAGUGGAUAGGCUGUCUGAAGUGAACCUUCUCAUGCAGGCACGCGACGUGCGAGGUGUGGCUCGGCUUAUUGGCUCACGGGAUGACUCGAAGAUAAGUGAACUUCGCAAGGGUUUGAAAAUCACGAGUGAGAUGGCAGGUCCACCGAUUCCGGUCCAAAGUAAUGAGCAAAGGACAUCUGAGAAGCGUAAAGACCGAGCCGAGGACAGUAUUGGCGACGAUGGCGACGAUGGCGACGAGAGAAGCAAGAGGAUACGCGUGUCAGAUAUCGCAGGAGAAGCGCAGAAAAAUGCAGCAGUGAUUAGCGAUCAAGGCAACGGAAAUCCGACAGGCUCAGGAGAGGUAGCACCUGCGAAAAUAGUGCGCCGCUCGACGAGAAUCAGCUCUGGAGAGCCAGUCAAAUACUUUGUCCAAACUCGAAAAAGCGGCCGAUCCUGCAAGUCUGAGUCCAGCAAGUCGGGAUCUAAAAGACGUCGAAACCCGGAUCUUGCGCAAGAGAAACAUUCUGCCGUGCCUGAUCGUGAGUUGAAAAGGCUUCGCAUAUCGAGUACUGCCAGGGAAACGGUGUCUGGAGAUGGAACAGCGCCAAUCUCUACUCAGGUGGGCCCACUAACUUCUGCUCCUGGGGACCGAACAGGCGAUGGUGCUGAAGCGACUCCUACUGUCGUGAACGAUGGAGGUGUAGACGAUCCCGGAACGCCAGAGCUGUCGAUUGCCUAUCGAGAUCGUCAAAAGACAUUCAUUGCCACUGAACCUCGUGGUCGAUCGAUUGGCGAGGAAACAACAGCCCUUGACUUGUUGCAGGGUAUCCGCGAUGCGAUCUUGGCCCAUCAGUCACUUUUCAAGGAGGCUAGGAUAUUGCAUCGGGACGUGUCUAUUAAUAACAUUAUACUGACCGAUCCGGCUGUUAACAAUGGUCGGUAUGGGUUAUUGAUAGAUCUUGACCUGGCAAUAUCUUUGAACGAUGUGAAUAGUGAACAAAAUAGGCAGACAAUGACUGGUACUAUGGAAUAUAUCGCCCUCGGAAUAUUGCAAGCGAAUAUUUACGAGACCGGCAAGGGGUAUAAGCAUACGUAUCGACACGACCUAGAGUCUUUCUUCUACGUUCUCGUGUCAGCGUGCAUCCGAUUUGGCUGGGGGAACAAAAAGUCGGGCCACACUGAUGUUUUAUCGAAGUGGUACACAGGGACAGUCCAAAAUAUGUAUUUGAAUAAAAAAGAAGCGGUUUCUCAUAAAUAUUUCAAAAAAUGUCUCCUGGACCAUUUCUCGACGAGGUACGACUGUGUCAAAGCACUAGUGACAAGAUUGCGGAUAAUACUAUUUGAUAGAUCAACGGGCGUCGAUACAAGUACGAAUCCCUUCGCAGAUGAGGUUUAUGACCUCAUUCUUAAAGCGUUUGACGAUGAAAUCAAGGGGAUCAAAUUAGUCGAACAGCUUGCCAGAUCUAGUAAGCGCAGGAGAUGA